UAGACGACAGCACUUUGUUGCGCUGGCACGAUGAGCUCGAAUGAGAAUGACGCGGGAGCCAUCAACAAACCUGCAGGCAACGCCUUUGGCUGUGUCCCCCUGGCCAGGUCUGACACGACAAAUGCUGUCCCUGUGACUGCAGAGAGGAGUAGGGGGGUGGCCUACUCGCCCUCACCAAACAAAACCGGAGCUGCCGGCAUGCCACAGAUGAUCUGCAGCAUCGUAGACGAGACCCCGCCCUGGAACAGAACCUCGUUCCUCUACAGCUCCUUCUGCACUUCGUUCCAGGGCUCUCCCCUGGGCACCAGUCGGCUGUCCCUCACACCCAGCCUGCGGCGCCUCUGUCUGGACGGCAGCCCGGCGGCGUCCCUGGGGAUCACCGCGGAGCACCAGAGUCUCCUCGCUCAGGCCACCUCCUUCCUGGACAACGAGAGCCCGCCGUGGGACAGCGUCUUGGACGAGUCCCUCAGCAUGAUGCCAGCGAACCUCACGGUGGGAACGGAGAGUUGCACCAGCGGCGGCACGGUGGCGGGCAGCGCAUCGCCCUUGCCAGAUGUUGUGACCUCAGCUCCUCAGGACGCCACUGUGGACAUGGAGGAUGAAGGCAGCAGUCUGACCGAUGACACGGCUCCUGAGGUGUCGGCUGCUGGGAAGUCCAGCACUAUACACAGCGCAUGCAACGACACAACGUCGUCCACCAUUCAAGACCGAACCGCCACGCCCAUGAACAGUACCAUGGAGCUGCCAGGUGGGGGCAGCACUACUGCUGCAGCUGGGGUGACAAGUGACAUCAUCGCAUCACCUGCCAAAGUCAUGAACGGCACCGUGGAUCUGCAGAGCUCGUCGUCAUCAAGCGGCGAGGUCAAUCAAACUGUUGAUGUGUCCAGUCACAAUGUCUCGGCAAACGUCACUGCUACGCUUUCCUACAUCGCCACACCUGCUAAUGAAGGAAAUAGGACUAUGGAGAUGGUACAGCAGGACAGCCUGACCAUCAACACCGUUAAUGCGCUUUCUAAUGUUGCCUCAUCUGGUGGCCAGUUGAACAGUACCGUGGAGGUGGCAAGCUGUAAUGUAAGCACAAGGGAGCAGAUGAACACAACCGGCCCGGCGGCAGCUGCAUUACAAAUCAUGGAGAACACGCAAGACUUGCAGGACAACCCCCGGAGUAGCACGCCAGAUGUUUCUACUAAACUCGGAACAGAAGUCAACCCGCCCAUGCCGGUGGCAAACGGCACACUGAACUUAACCCACGAGUGCAGCUCAACUGGGGCUGCGUUACAGAACAUGGACAACACUGUGGAUCUGCAGACCACCCCCCGCAGUAGCACGCCUACCUUACAGAAUAACACUAUGGAUCUGCAGAACAACCCCCACAGUAGCACGACUUCCUCACAGAAUAACACUUUGGAGCUGCAGAGCACCAGCAACGAGUCGUCUGGUGGCUCUACAACCAUUGAAACGUCUGUGCCCAACGGUACCAUGAACUUGACCCAGUCCAGCGCAACCGUGGCUGUGGUGCAGAAGCUGGACAGCACUGUCGACCUAGAGAACAGCAGUUCGUCUUCACAGAUCACAGCUCAGCACAGCACAGCUUCCCACAGCACGGCUCACCUGUCAUCUUGUGGCUCCACGACGAUUGAAGCGGCCAGCAGGCCCAAUUCCAUUGUGAAUGACACAGUGAGUUCAACACACGGCCGCGGCAGCAUGGAAGACACAGUAGAUCUGCCCAACAUUACCCACAGCAGCAGCAGCAGCAGCACACCUAGUGUUUCUGCUAGGGGUGGAACAGCAGGAGUCAACUUGUCCAUCUCUGUGGCUAACGGCACAGUGAACUUGACUCCGGCUGUGGCACAGAAGAUGGACAACACAGUAGAUCUACACGGCACACCUGCUGUUUCUGCAAGGCUAGGAGCAGCAGCAGCAGCAGCAGUCGGCUUGCCCACUCCUGUAGCUAACACCACAGGGAACUUGACUUACGACUCCAGUUCAACUCCGGCUGUGGUACGGAAGAUGGACAACACAGUAGAUCUACACGGCACACCUGGUGUCUCUGCAAGACUUGGAGCAGCAGCAGCAGCAGUCAGCUUGCCCACUCCUGUGGCUAACGGCACAGUGAACUUGACCUGCAACUCCAGUUCAACUCCGGUUGUGGCAGGGGAGAUGGACAACACGGUAGAUCUACACGGCACACUUGCUGUUUCUGUAAGGAGUGGAACAGCAGCAGUCAGCUUUCCCAGUCCAGCGGCUAACGGCACAGUGAACUUGACUUACGACCCCAGUUCAACUCCGGCUGUGGCAGUGGCAGAGAAGAUGGACCACCAGGUCAACCUACACAACGCCACUACUGAUGGGCCAUCGGGUCAUCAUCAGCCUCACCAUGUGGACAACAAGGGGGUCUCAGAUGGUGCCCCCACCGUCGCCGCCGAGGGUGACUCAGAGCUGAACUCCACUGCGGACAGCGUGGUUGUCGGUUGUCGCCUGUCCGGACAGUUCUCACUGGACCACUCGCUGGAGAUGCAAGCAUUUCCACCCGUGACCUCCACUCCCAUGGUGACGGACCGGAAGUUCAGCUUCGAACCCGCUCUGAAGGUGCCGAAAAUGGCUGCUCUCCAAGGCACGGGCCUCCCUAGUCUUUUCAAAGCAGGCCCGUCAUCGUCCACAACUGUGGUGGUGCCACCUCCGCCACAGGGGUCUGCUGCCGCCGCCGCCAAGACGUCAGGACUUCCCACCAUCUCUCGCAGGAACAUUGCCAAGCCUCCAGGCAGGGCCGGGGUGUCAGGGAUUGGGACAGCAGCCAACGUGACUGUGGAGGUCCCUGCAGGACCAUCUGGUCUUCAAAGGCCAUCUACGAGGCUCCCCCUCGCAGGCAUGAAGGGGUCGCUGCGCAAUGCUGCCUCUGCCAUCUCCUCUGCUCACCCAGAGACUGCUCAACAGAGACGCCUCAGCCUGGCUCCACUCGCAGCCCUGGCCAGGGGCAAGAAGAGGCCCAACGAGGGAGCUGGUGAGGGAUCCAGCAAAGACACCACAGCUGCCGCUGGCCCCAUGCCGCCACCCCGCGCCUCCACAGGCCUGAAGAGGCCCAUGGCCGAGGCCAGAGAGGGACCGGCCAAGAGGCCCAAAGAAGUAGAGCGUGCACAGGCUCUCGCCAAAGACUCAGCACCCACUGGUAAACCUCCUGCAAGAACUUCUUUUGCACCUCCUGCAAGAACUCCCGCUGCACCUCCUGCCAGAACAAAUACCGUCAAACUGGCCGCACCUUCUGCACCUUCUUCCAGACCUCUCAGAGCAUCCACAUCAAGAACUCAGUCUCUGUCAACAGCACAGCCGAAACCAAGCCUUGGACUAGCAUCCAGGCUUAGGUCGAGUUUUUCCAGAAAGCGGGAUUCUGUGCUUCCUGCGGUGCCUGAGGACCCGACGUCAGCCACAUACAUCCAGCACUCCACUCUAUCAGCCUCUCAUGUGGGCCCUGCCAACCUCACACAGUCCAGCACAACCUCUGCCGAGUGCACAAUAGCAGAGUCUGAAUGCAAGAACUGUAAGAGAUUAAAGGAGAUUAUACAACAGCUCCAGGAACAGCUGAAUAAAAGCACACGGUAGGAAGAGUGACCACCAGUUCUGCAGUGUACAAUUCGGGCAGACGGCAGCAAAACCAGCAAAGUUAACCAGCACGCCACCAGUAACCCAUAUGUAAGCAGAAGUGGUCUCACCGCUUAACCAACAGCUUGCUCUCUAACGUGUGAAAAGAUGGAGGGGAUGAAACACCCCAUAUGUUGUUUUUUUUAAUGCGUCUCUCUCUCUCUCUCUCUCUCUCUCUCUCUCUCUCUCUCUCUCUCUCUCUCUCUCUCUCUCUCUCUACUUACUCACUCACUUACACAUGCGCACACACACACACACACACAGUGUUAAAUGUAAUCUUACUAUCUUACACGAAAUGGCUGUCACAGAGAAUGUCAUGCUCUGUGAUGAG